AUGAGUGGGCUGUCGAAAAAAGAUGGCAAAUCUAGUCAAACAUUCAGCAUUUCGAAUACCUACAUUCAAAACACGCCACCGACCUACCAAGACUUUACUGGGCAGCAGAAUUACGAUGAGGGCGACUCUACUGAUGGUGAGAUUCACUGGGCUGCUACCAGUAUCGUUGAUGACGAUACUGGAUACAUCCAAAGCUUCAACCAUGAUAACGAACCUGGAUUUGGGAACGAAGCCACCGCGAACAGUUCCUGGCCUACUCAUCCUGUCAUCCCAGGCUACCCUUUGGCCUUGUGUAACAAUUUGACAUCCCCUUUCAACGUUGGGGUAACUUCGACACCUAUUCUUGGCGCCCCAACUUCUACGUCGAUUGCUGAAGUAGACCACUGCACUCAUACCCUCAUGCGCUACCACGAAAACACUCACAUCGCUGAUCUAUCACUCGGGGGGAAUGAGACUCAAAGCAGCCCAUCAUACUUCUCAAGUGGAGACAUUCCCGCUUCCAACCAUUCUGAGCACGUCGUACCGCGCGACAGAGUCCAUUGCACUUGGCCCGAUUGCACCAAAACCUUUGGGAGACUGCAAGACCUCACCCGUCACCACAACUCAGUCCACGAACUCACGACGUCUUUCUGGUGCCCCGUGUCGGCUUGCAACCGUAGCGAGGGCUUUCCUGGCCGCAAACCCCCUUUUACAAGAAAAGACAAACUCAAAUCGCAUAUGAGGAUCAUGCAUCACCUUAAUCUUAGUCGUGCUAUGAUGGCAGGUGUGCAGGCUGGUCUGGCUGCUGGAGGUAGCGGGAAUGCCGAUGCAGAGGGGUCAUCCUGUGGAAGUGACUUCAACACUGCUAACGGAUUUUACGAUGUUGGAGCGCCUCCGAUCCUGGAUGACCAUAGUCUCAGCAACGGUUUAGCGGACUUUGUCGAUCCUAUUGGCGGCUAUGAGCCAUUGGAUUUUGAUGGUGUAAGUAACGCUGGCUGGUUCAAUGACGUCGAUGGCGUUAGCAGCUUCAAUGAGUUUCCUAGCCCCAACCAAACAGAUAUACCAGACUUCGAUGCUUUGACUGCAGCUGAUAGCAUUUCCGACGAACAAAACAUUCCUGGUGAAGACAUUCUCUUUUCUGGUAAUGGUUAUGUGGAUACAUUGUAA